AUGUCUCGAGUUACUCCUCCCGUUACAAAAUUCACACUUGUGUUGAAGAAAUGUAUGAGUACUACUUCGACUGUCGCAAGUCCUAGUGCACAAUUGAAAACUAAGAGUGCUAUCAAAACUGAUCUCAUCUCCAACCUCUCCCAUGAACGUACAAUCACCACCACCCAUCGCCCAUCUCCCCCCUCUAUCAAAACCAUCCGUCUCAUGCAAGGAUUCCGCACCAGCGCCGCUCGUCCCGUCGCUUCCCCUUCCACUCUCGACUAUCUCGUUCUUCCUCGUCUUCCCGUUGAAGAACCUCUCACUGCAUUUACUGUCCGCGUUCCCAUUCUUCCUGAUAACUACUAUGCCUCUCAACCAAUCAAGGAAUCAAUCGAUACCGCGAUUCCUAAACAGGAAGUCCAUAUCGUGAGUGCGCAGCCGGAAGAGGUGGUUGCACAGGUUAAUGUGUUAACGGAGAUGGUGGGUAACGAGGCGGAGAGUGCGGUGGAUUUGGGUCAGUGGGUUGAGGGAGUAAGAAAGAGAGGAGACGAGAUGAGAGAGAGAUUUGUAGGAAGAGAUAGUGAGCAGAGUGUUUUGAAGGAGUUGUGGAUGAGUCUUCGUGAGGAUGUGUGGGGAGAGAAGAAAGUCGCCGUUUAG